AUGAGUCUGCUGAGGCCCAGCGGGCUGAAGGCCCCCACCAAGAUCCUCAAGCAUGGGAGCUGGGCCCUGAAGGCACCCUCGGCCGCGGCUGCUCCCGUUGAGAAGACCGUGCCUGGGGAGAAAACCCCCAGCGCCCCCUCCUCGGAGAUGCAGGAGGAGUUUGUGGGCGACUUCCAGGUCGGGGAACGAGUCUGGGUGAACGGGAACAAGCCUGGAUUCAUCCAGUUCCUCGGGGAGACUCAGUUUGCCCCUGGUCAGUGGGCCGGGAUCGUCUUGGACGAGCCCAUCGGCAAGAACGACGGCUCGGUGGCGGGUGUGCGCUACUUCCAGUGCGAGCCGCUGAAGGGCAUCUUCACCCGGCCGUCCAAGCUGAGUAGGAGCUUGCAGGCCGACGAUGAGACCAACUGCCAGCAGCCAGCGCCUGCCGCCUGUGCCACACCGCCCCUGUCGGCCUCCCCGGCCCUUGCCGGCACCGCGAAGGUGCCCCAGUCCCCCGCGAAGGAGGCACCGGCCACCCCUCACAUCAGCAGCCUGACCAGGACGACCAGCGAGUCCAUCUCCAACCUCUCUGAGGCUGGCUCCCUCAAGAAAGGGGAGCGGGAGCUGAAGCUCGGGGACCAGGUGUUGGUGGGAGGCAUGGAGGCCGGUGUGGUGCGCUUCCUCGGGGAGACGGACUUCGCCAAGGGGGAUUGGUGCGGCGUAGAGCUGGACAAGCCACUGGGCAAGAACGAUGGUGCCGUGGCCGGAACGAGGUACUUCCAGUGUCAGCCCAAGUAUGGCUUGUUUGCUCCCAUUCACAAAGUCACCAAGAUCGGCUUCCCGUCCACGACGCCGGCCAAGGGCAAGGUGGCCGCCGUGAGGCGUGUGAUGGCCACCACCCCCACCAGGCUGAAGCGCAGCCCUUCGGCCUCCUCGCUCAGCUCCGUCAGCUCCGGGGCCUCAUUCGAGAGCAGCAGACCCGGCCGCACGGGACUAUUGCCGGAAACCUCCUCCUGCUACGCCCACAAGAUCUCUGGCACCACCACCCUCCAGGAGGCGCUGAAGGAGAAGCAGCAGCACAUUGAGAAGCUGCUGGCCGAGCGGGACCUAGAGCGGGCGGAGGUGGCCAAGGCCACGAGCCACAUGGGGGAGAUAGAGCAGGAGCUGGCCCGCCGGAACGGGCACGACCAGCACGUCCUGGAGCUGGAGGCCAAGAACGACGAGCUGCGGGCCAUGCUGGAAGCGACCGACUGGGAGAAGGUGGAGCUGCUGAACCAGCUGGAGGAGGAGAAGAGGAAAGUGGAAGACCUCCAGUUCCGAGUCGAGGAGGAGUCCAUCACCAAAGGCGACUUGGAGGUAAAGCCCGGGCAGGUCCCGGAGGCUUGCAGGCUGCAGGCAAGGAUGCGGGGCGGCCUGGCCGACCCCGCCGGGACCACUUCUCUUUUCCUUAAAACAAGAAGAAGCAAAGAGUCAGUUUGGAAAAGACAAAUUUCUAUUUCUGCUUCUUUUCCUUCCUGUUUUAAGUUCAUGGAAAUUUUGUUUUCCCACCAGAAGGAGGUGAAUUCCCUGCAGGCGGCCUCUGAGAAGCUCGCCAAGGAGAACGAGUGCCUGAGGACCAAGCUGGACCAUGCCAACAAGGAGAAUGCGGACGUGAUCGCACUGAGGAAGUCCAAGCUGGAGACGGCCAUCGCCCCGCACCAACAGGCCAUGGGUGAGCCGAAGGCAUCUGUGAGCCAGGGCGUGGGCGCCGAGGCGGCCGAGCUGGCCGAGCUCAAGAUGCAGAUCGAGAGGCUACAGUUCGAGUACCAGCAGGAGGUGGAGAGCCUGAAGGCCCAGCAGGCGGCUGAGCGUGCAGCGCACGCCUCCGAGCUGCAGACGCUCAGGUCGCGGCUGUUCAGGACGGCCCAGGAGCAGAAGAACAGCCUGGAGGCCGCACGGGCCAAGCUCGAGCAGAUCGAGGACCAGCACCUGGUGGAGAUGGAGGACGCCCUGAACAAGCUGCAGGAGGCGGAGAUGAAGGUAAAGCACCUGGACGGGUUGCGGGCCGUGUGUAGUCAGCAAGCCCAGGCCCUGGCCAAUGCCACGGCACAGCUGGAGGCCACCCAGCAGAAGCUCUUGCAGCUCGAUGGGCUCUGGAAGGCCAGUUCCGAAGGUCAAUUGGGAAUGGAGAAGCUCAGGCAGCAGCUCCAGGUGGCUGAGCGGCAGACUCAGGAGUUAGAGAAUGUAAAGCGGGCCGAGAGCUGCAGGUUGUCCGAUAGCCUGGCCGAAGAGCUGCAGGGGAAGGGGCUAGCGCUUCGUAGUCUUCAGGAGAACUUGAAGGUGGACGUGAGCCGCAGCCAGUGCCAGGCUCUACAGGCCGAGCACGCCAAGGCCAGCGUGGAGAUCCAGGGGCAGCACGAGGAGGCGCCGCAGGCCCUGCAGCAGCUGCUGCUGCAGGCGAAGGAGAAGCUGCAGGCGGUGCAGGCGGAGAACGGGAGCCUGCUGCGGGAGGUGGCCGAGCUGAAGAUGCAAGCCGACAAGAGUAACACUUUAAGAGAAUCCGAGUUCAUAAGAGACUCCGAUGAAGAGAACGCUUCCCUGCAGAAAUCCAUCAGUAUUACCAGUGCCAUGCUCACGGAGAAGGACACAGAGCUGGAGAAGCUGAGGAAUGAGGUCUCCUUGUUCAGGGCAGAAAAUGCCUCUGCCAAGUCCUUGCAUUCAGUUGUUCAGUCCCUGGAAUCUGACAAGGUGAAACUGGAGCUCAAGGUCAAAAACUUGGAGCUUCAACUCAAAGAGAACAAAAGGCAGCUCCAGAGCACUGCAAGUAAUUCUGAUUCUCAAGCAGAUGAGGACGAAAGGGCCCAGGAGAAUCAGAUUGAUUUCCUGAAUUCCGUGAUUGUGGACCUCCAAAGAAAGAAUCAGGACCUCAACAUGAAAGUGGAGAUGAUGUCCGAGGCGGCUCUCAAAGGGAACGGGGACGACCUCAACAAUUCCCAUGACUCGCGCGCCCUGCGCUUCCCGCCGCCCGCCGCGGCCCCCAGGAAAGACGGUCACGUGGCCUCGAUGUGCGCCUCGAUGGGCGCGGGGGGCUGGGGUCCGCCCCGCGCGGGUAGACGGGCGCAGGGGAUCGCCCGCCUGGAGUCGCGGGCCCUGCUCCGGCCCCGCCAACUCACCUGGAGCCACGGAGCUUGGGCAUCUGGCCGGAGGCCCCCCAGGGACCGCUGCGCGGGCAGCGCCACCUCCUGCGGCUCCACAGCCACGGGCCGGCCCCUGAGGGGCGGGCAGGGAACCUCUGGACAGGGGGACACGGCCUGA